AUGCUGGCGCUGUGUAAGAACUGCAUGGACUCAAUUAGACAUAGGAAGGAUGUUGUCGAUCGUCUCAGACAGGAGACGGAAGCUGAAAUGAUUGCCUGUGCCGGGAGACUCGAUGAGCGCAUUCGAAAAGUGACAAGGGUGCUCGAUACCAUCGCAAGAAUGCAUGUCACAGACUCCAACGAGGCGGCUGAGAGACUCGGGAAACUUUCGGACAUCGACGUCGCUGCUGACGAGCAGAUAGAGGACCUCCGAAAACGCCUAGCACUUCUUGAAUAUCAGCGAAGAGAACGAGAGGCCUUCUUCGUUUCAACGUGCGAUUGCUUCAUUCGUGGCUACUCUACUCCGGCUCGCCUCCAAAUGAUCGUUGAUGCUGAUAUUUUCGUCGCAAUGUGA